AGGGGGCUCAUCACUUGUUGAUCAAAAUACCCAAUAGUAUCCAAUACUGUAUCAUGUUCGAUAGAACUAUGAAAGAAAUAUUUCGCUUGAGAAAGAUAAUGUCAUCGCCAUGUAAAUUAGACAUUAGGGAUUUGAUAUGUGAUGAAGAAAUAGAAUCGGUAUUAAAGGCGUCGCCUCAUAAUUUAUAUUUAACUCGACAUCCGAAUGUUCCUGAUAAUGUAGAAGUAACAACAACAACAACAACAACAGUAUUGUCUGGGCUGCAAAAUCCCGCAUUUGUUAAAGACACCGAUAAUUGUUCAGAUAGUGAUGCCAUGAAACGAUCCACAUCAACCGAAGAUAUAAAAGUUUCUGAAGAUGAUUUUAACGAAAUUAUCGCUCUGAGGCCGAUGGAUGGAAGAAGUACACAAUCAGAUAAUUUAGAAGAAGAUAAAGAGGAGAUCUGGAGUAACACAGAUGGACAACGACCAAACAAUUUUGUCGAAAUAAUGUCUAAAGUUGAUAAUCAAAAUAGGAAUCAUCUCGUUCCCGAAUCGACUUCCGUAUCUUAUCAACAGAAUCAUUGGGCCGAAACGAAUCGCGGUGCAUACAUAAGCCAAAGGAUUCAAGCAUUGACUCAUGCAUUCAGUUCGAGAGCUCAGAAAAUCAAAGAAAAAAUUAUACAGGCUCCAAUCCCUUCUCCCACCCCAUCUCCGGAAGAACCAGAAAAUCAGCAAGGUCGCCCCAGACUCCAGUCUUUGAUACAACACGAGGAUGAUCCACCUGCAGACGACAGCUGGUUGGACGAAAUGGUGGACGUUUGGUGCUGUCAAUUAAAGCGUCGUUACAUCCCUACGUUUCCUAAAGUCCUGGAUCCUCAAAGCAAACUUUACAUAUCUUGGCUACUGAUAGUUACACUUUGUUACUUGUAUAAUGCUUGGGCCAUCUUUCUCAGGGCUAUUUUCCCAUAUCAAACAGAAGAAAAUCUUCCAAUUUUUCUCGGAUUCGAUUAUUUCUCCGAUCUAACCUAUCUUAUAGACAUCGUUCUGUUUAAAGUUCGUGUUCAAUACCUUCACGAUGGAUUUUGGGUGGACGAUCCUGUUAUGACGAGGAAACAUUAUUUCAAAAAGAGCAUGUUUAAGAUGGAUUUGUUAUCACUGUUACCGUUCGAUUUACUGUAUCUUAAAUACGGAACUAAACCCUUACUUCGAAUGCCAAGAAUAUUAAAAUUGCAGACGUUUUGGGAGUUCUUCAAUAGAGUCGAUGCCGUUGCCAAGUCCCCUUACGUUAUCAGAAUCAUCAGGACAUUAAUCUACAUGAUGUAUCUGAUUCACCUCAAUGCAUGUGCUUAUUACGCAAUGUCUUCUUGGGAAGGAAUAGGUUCUAACAGUUGGGUCUUUAACGGGACGGGAAAUGCUUACAUUCGCUGCUUUUACUUCGCUACUAAAACAGCAACGUCCAUAGGAAAGAAUCCAAAACCCUUAAACGAAUUCGAAUACGGUUUCAUGACCGUUAGCUGGUUAAUGGGGGUUUUCAUCUUCGCUUUUUUGAUUGGUCAGAUUAGAGAUAUUGUAGCCACGGCCACUCAGAGCAAAACGCAAUACAGGCAGAUGAUGGAUCAGACAGUUCAGUACAUGAGAAAUUUGAGUCUUCCCGAAGAUUUACAAAGGAGAGUGAGAUUGUGGCUCAAUCAUACUUGGGAACAGCAGAAAACUUUAAACGAAGGUGCUAUUUUGGAUUCUCUUCCUCGCAAAAUGAAAACGGAUGUUGCUAUUAAUGUUCAUUACAACACUCUAAUUAAAGUUCAACUGUUUAAGGUAACUUUUAUUUUUCUUCAUCCUCUCAUCGUAAAUUAAAAUAACACCAAGAUCAGCAUUAACAUUAUUUUUUAUACUUCUCUUAAUUAUAAACAAUUAUAAGUCUUUUUAUAUACAG